GCGCCUCAAAUUCGUGACACGAGCGUGACGAACGCGGAGUGAGUGCGUACUGAAAAUAAACAGAGAGUAGUGGUGUGGUGACAAGAGCGCGGGUCGAACGAUGGCUUCGCCAAACAAGAAAGCCAAGGAAUUAGAGGAUCCAGGUUCGGGGGAGGGUGUUGAAUCACGCGAUUAUGAUAUUGAAAUACAAAAGACACUCGAAGAGAUUGACGGGUGUCAGAAUCAAAUCGAUGGCCUCAAUGAGAAAGCCAGCGAUGAAAUCCUCGAAGUCGAGAAGAAGUAUAAUAAGUUGCGUAAGCCCUAUUUCCAGAAACGGAAUGACAUUAUUAAGAGGAUACCCAAUUUUUGGGUUACUGCUUUUGUAAACAAUAAAGAAAUAGCAGAAAUAUUGGAAGAAGAUGAGGAAGAUGCUCUACGAUUCUUAAACAAAUUAGAAGUUGAAGAAUUUGAAGAUAUUAAAUCUGGCUAUAGAAUUAAUUUUCAUUUUGAUGAAAAUCCAUAUUUUGAAAAUGAUGUCCUUACAAAAGAAUUUCAUUUAGGUUCUUCUGGAGAUCCAGCAUCUCAAAGUACACCUAUACGUUGGAAAGAAGGUGCAGAUUUAACAAAAAGAGCUAAAACCAAAGCCCCAUUAAAAGGUCGUAAAAGGCCAUUAAAGCACAGGUCAUUUUUUGACUGGUUUACGGAUCAUGGAGAUCCAAGUUCAGAUGAAAUAGCAGAGUUGAUUAAAGAUGACAUGUGGCCUAAUCCAUUACAGUAUUAUUUAGCACCAGAUAUGGAUGUUGAAAAUGGUAUUGAAGGAGAUGGCGAAGAUUGCGAUACAGAAGAGGAAGAAGAAGAAGAAGAUGGUGGAGCAGAUGAUGGUGAUGAAGCAGGUGAAGCUGAAGAAGGAGAUGAUAGCAUAGUCGUUGUCGAAGAUGAUGUAGAUGAAGAUGAUGAGGAAGAAGAGGCUGUGAAUGAUGAAGAAGAUGGAGUAAAUGAAGAGGAUGAUUUAUUGGUAGAUGAUGAAGUAGAUCGUGAAGAUGGUGAAGGAGAAGAACCAGAAUAGAAUUUAAAGUUAGUUUUUCACAACAUUGGUUACAGUCACAGACACUAAAGAAGAAUCGCUGAAAAUACACAUCAGAUUGAUUGAAAAUAAAUAAAGUUUGCAGGACUGAAAAUAUUGAGCCAUAUGAAUAAACCUCAGGACAAUUUUGAGAAAUUAAAGUAGCAACCAGAAUUUAGCAGACCUAAUCUUUUUUGGCACAAAAGGAAAUUGUGUGUAUAAAAGUACAAUAUUUGUUCGAUUGUGCUAAAAUAAAUAAAAGAGAAGAUGGUCUGAGAUAAAUUAGAUAGAUUUCACACUGCACUUUGUUGUAAAAUUGUGCCGAAAUACAAUACGAAUUCCUUAGUUAUAUUCAUAUGGCCUAGUCAUCUUCUAUAUAGUAGAUAUACAAUAAAGAACACCUGCUCAACUUCAUCGUGAUAAGAUUACAUUAAGAAAAAAAUAAAUUAUAAGAUAUAACGAGAUAAUGGACAGGUGUUCUUUUCAUUUUGUUUUGUCACGAAAAUUUAUUCCAUCGCAUUACUUCCGGAACGAGGUAUUUCAAGUUUCUUGAGAGUGACAGUACAUUUCAUAUAGUUACAUGUUCAAAUACAUAGUAUUUGUCGUAAAGAAAUAUAAUUUUGUCAAAUAAUUAAAUCAUAUAUCUAUAAAAAUUUGUAUAGUUUAUUAUACUAUAUAUUUAUAAAUUAUUCAUUUGCAGUUAUAAUUUCAAUAUUUUAGAAACAUAAUCAUAAACGUACAAAAAAUGAAAAUAAUUUUACAUAUUUUCAAUAAUUUAUUUUAAAUAUCAAUUGGAAACAUAUCGCAAAACAUAGUAAUAUGUAUAAAGAUGUAUAAAAAUAUAUACAUAAUUCAUGUCUUUUUUAUAACUUAAUUAUAAUUAUAUUAUGUACAUGAUGCAACAUCACAAAUUUGUAUUUUUUGAAAAUAUAAAACACUUUUGUAAGGUUAUCUUUCAUUAUAUUAUUUUUAUUAAAUAUUUAUAUAUUUUCAUUUCAUAUUAAUAAUAUAUUGAUAAUAACAUGAUGAUAAAAAAUGUGUUUCUUUUUAUUUAUUUUUUUUUGUUUUUAAAUUUUUUAAAAAUAUUUUUUUUAUUAGUGAUGCUGCAUAAUAUAAUAAGAUCUAUUCUAUUAUAUUAAGUUACGUUAAAAAUGCAAUUAAACUAAAUCCGGUGCAAUGCAUUCGGUAGGUAUAGAAAAGAAUUAUUAUACUAAUAAAUCUUAUUUCUCUUAAUUAAUUUAAUAUAUUUACUAAUAUUAUACUACAUCUAAUAUCCUAUUUGAGUAAAAAUUGAUACUUGUCACACUCAAAAUGAAAAUCAAUUCACGAAAUUCACCUCGUUCUUAUUCUUCCAGAUUUUACAUCGUAAACUUUCCACUUUCGCGAUAAGAAAAUAUAUCGCAAACGUUUUUCAUAAACGUAAUUUCAAUAUGUACUUUUAAUUCUAACAGCACCUUUAUAGAUUACUGUUACACGCCAAAGGUGAAGUUAGAAUCAGGAGUAAUCAUAACUCUGUUAUAUCUCUCGCGAUGUGCCAACUAAGAACACAUUGCGAUCGAUUUUAGAGAUUUCGGUGCAAAUAAAGGUUCUAUUGAAAGAUUUGAUUAGCGUUUCCUUUGGAGUCUAGGAAAAAUCAAAUAAUUACAACGCUCAAAAUAGAUAACAAUUAUAUCUGAUUUAAUUACUCAAAACUAUCCAAGGAACAUGUUUUUAAAUGAAACUGUUUGUUAGGUCUUGGAUAAAAUAUUUUCGAAUUAAGGAACGAUCUUUGGAUUAACAUAAAAUUAUUAUGAUAUUAAAAAUCUCUUAGAGUAAGAUUCCUAUUUUUCUACUGAAUAUUUAAAGGUUAGCAAAUUAAGCAAUUAUUUGAUUCCUCCUAGAAAACGACAAGGUACGCUCAUCUACGAGCUAUUCUCUCAUUAUAAUCACCAAUGUCCUGAAGUGAAAUAUUCAAUGUUAAUAAAAAUUUGCGUUAAUGUGACGUAUUAGUCCUGCGUCGAGUUGGCAUAUGGUCGCACAAAGGACACUUGUGUCCAAGUAUGAAUCAGAUGGAAAUAUACAACAACUGGGUGUAAGAAUUUUUCGAAUCAAUCGACGUAUUCGUGUCACGCAAUCAUACAGUAAAUGAACAAAAUAAAGUUGUCAGUUUGAGAUAGGAA